AUGAAUUUAGUAUUUUAGUAUUUAAUGUAGCUAGGGCUCGCAAAUAUUUUCGAAUGGUAGAAGAAAUCAUCAUCAGAAGCAAAGCUGCCUUGUCAAGACUACCUUAACCUACUCGAAGUACCCGAAUAUAAAACAUCUUAAGUUGCCAUCUUUUACCCUAAAUCAAAAUGCCUGCUAGACGCCACGAUUCAGCCGUCGUCGAUGUUGCGCCUCUGGGCCAACCUCUCAAGUUCGAGUUCUCCGGGAAAGUCGCAAAGAAUCGCUUUUACAAAGCCUCGAUGGCUGAGGAUCUAGCAUCCUGGAGUGUUGAGAAUUUCGAGGAGCGUGGUAUCCCGACUAAGGAGCUUAUUGAACUAUAUCGAAUGUAAGGAUGACAAAGGCCAGACACAUGUAUCCUGAUUCCUCAUAGAGACUAAUACGAGCACUUAGAUGGGGAGAGAAUGAGUGGGGUAUUAUUGCUACUGGAAACAUUGAUAUCGAGUUUGAUAUACUAGAUGCUGUCGGCGAUGGCAUCAUUACUCCAGAAUGCCCCUUUUCAGGCCCACGCUUUGAAGCGUUUCAAGAGAUGGCCAAGGUAUCCAAGGCGAAUGGUAGCUUGAUCGUGGCUCAGGUUACACACCCUGGACGCCAGCUAGCCGCCAGGAUUAAAAAGGACACGAUUUCAGCGUCGGCGAUUCAGCACCGUACGUAAAUAUCCCCUUUUUCCCAUGUAUCCUGACGAUAAGGCGUUAACAAGCAUUAUGUACCUCAUGAUAGCCCCGAAGCAUGGUACGGUCUAUGCCACGCCCCGGGAGGCCACGAAGGAAGAUAUCGCACGUGUUAUCGACGGGUUUGCACACGCCGCCGAGUACCUAGAUAAAGCUGGGUUCGACGGCAUUCAACUUCACGGAGCACACGGAUACUUGAUCGCACAGUUCCUGUCCGAGCUUUCAAACCAUCGUACCGACGAGUACGGCGGUAGCAUAUCGAACCGCCUACGUUUCGUGUCCGAGAUCGCUAGGGAGAUCAAGAGACGUGUGCGCCCAAGCUUCAUCGUCGGUAUCAAGGUGAACUCGGUCGAGUUCCAAGAGAAGGGCAUCAAGCCGGCAGAAGCCCGAAUUAUGUGCGAGACCUUCCAGGAGCUGGAAUUCGACUACGUCGAGCUCUCGGGCGGUAACCACGAGGACAUCGGGUAUGGCUCCAAGAAGGAGACUACGCUGAAGCGCGAGGCGUACUUCCUCGAGUUCGUCCGCGAUAUCGUCCCGCACCUCUCCAAGACCAAGAAGAUCCUCACCGGCGGGUUCCGCACGACGGCCGCCAUGGUGGACGCCCUCAAUAUCCUCGACGGGAUCGGCAUCGGUCGUCCCGCCGCGCAGGAACCGCGCCUCGCGCGUGAUAUCCUAUCCGGGAAGGUCACGAGCGCCAUCCGGCCGGUCGACGGCAUCGUGAACGAUGUCAUCCUCUCCUUAAUGAGCGCGGGUUCGCAGAUGACACAAAUAGUCAGGGGUCAGGAGCCGUUCGAUCUUAGCGACGAGAAGGCGGUUGCUAGCUUCCAGGCGGACCUGGGGGCUCAUUUCCAGAAGUUCGCGGCGGCCAAUGGAAGCCUGGAAUUCCGCGGCUUCCCGGAGCUGAGCGACCCUAAUACGACUUCGCAUCCGUAUGGCGUUCCUUACUAGAUACCUAGAUCAGAUGGUUUAGACUGACUGGUACGGCUGUUGGGUUUCUGCGCUUAAGUGUUAUUACUAGGUACGAUAGAGAAUGCAUAUAUUAUCGGUACUUUCUUAACCCUUUAUUACUUCAAAUAUAAGAGAGUUGAUAAGAUGAGGCUCAAGACAUCCAUUGAUGGCGAUGCUGACCACGACUCCUCCUUGAAAUAUUGCAA